UUCUGUCCCAUUCAUGCACGUUUCGCGCUGUGCGCCCUCCUUACUUGCACUUGCGUCCGGUGGGAGGUUCCCCCUUCACGCAGCUAGCGUUAAACACUCCCUAAAUCGUAACGUUAACAUAAACAGUCCCACCUCAACGACCCAUAAUCACCUCUCUCGGUUUUCUUUUUUUUUUUUUUUUUUACCGAGACAUCUCAUUGGUCGUGAACACGCGACCAAAGCGAGGAGGGGGGCUUCCAGACGCGUGCCGCUUUUUAAGCCGACGCUGCGCCUUGAGACACCAGAGAAGGAGUCCCGCACGCGACCCGAACGCCUCAUACACACACACGCGCACUCACACACAAACAGCGACAGCAACUGUGCAUUCCUCAAGGAACAUUUCAUAAUAUAGUUAUAGAUUUUUUUUUUUUUUUUUUUUUUGAAACAUGGAUUUGUUAGCGGUGGAGGAGUGGAGUAAAGGCGCGCGGGAGAUUGCAGCCUUGGAUGCGCUGCAGCAGGAACGCAUCAACCCCGGGGUGGUGGAGAGGGGAGGGAAGCAGCAGUUUGAGGUGUCCUGCUACGACCCGGGACUUACGCUCGUGGACGGCGGCAGUGACCCACGCGCGUGGCUAUCCGACGCCUCUGGCACCUGCGCGGCACACGCCACCUCACCCGACUACCUGCGGCACUCGCCGUACUCGAGCACCGGCUCUUACCACGAGAGCUGUUCCCCCGGGUCCUCGGGCCAUCCCAGCCCUCCCGCUCACAGAAGAUCUGCCAAGAGUCCCUCCUCUUCCUCGCUCAAAGUCAGGGACCUGUGCCGCCUCAAAGGCACCAUCACAGGGCCCGAAGAAGAGGUCCCCGUGAGACAGAGAGCCCCCUCCAGCAAGCCCGUCAGCGGCAUCCAGAAGCAGAGGCGGGUGGCCGCCAACGCGCGCGAGAGGAGGCGCAUGCAUGGGUUGAACCACGCUUUCGACGAGCUGCGCAGCGUCAUCCCGGCGUUCGACAACGACAAAAAGCUCUCCAAAUACGAAACUCUACAGAUGGCGCAGAUUUACAUCAACGCGCUGGCCGAGUUGCUCCAAGGACCGGUGUCCUCCAGCAAUAAUGAAAACUCAAGCGGUUCACCAAAGCGUGACAUUUCGAUAUUACCCGCAGAUGGUUUUGAAGGGUCAAAAGACAGGGCUGCCCAAUCGCCGUCAGUUACCUGCAGGACAUCGCCGACUCUGCCCCUCUCUGGUGAUAUCAUACCUGUUCACAUCAACGGGAUGCCAUUCCGUUCUUUCCAAGAGAACUCCUUCACUGGCAGAGUUGAAGAAGCGACGUGUCCCCCUUCACCCUCACCCUCACUUGUUGGGAAUGGGAGGAAAGAGUCUCCACGAAGCGACGGGGAGUUUUCCCCGCACUCCCACUUCAGUGACUCGGAUGAAAUAGCAAUGGAGCUCCACUCGAGUGAAGAAGAUGAUCUGUCAGAACUUAAGCUAUCUAGCCGCCGUCAUCCCACAGUGUCAUUCUAAGUAAACCACGGAUAAAUAGACGAUAUGAAAACAGUUCAUUACAACAAAAUUGUUCAAAUUUCAGUCAACCGUGUCAAUCGUACCUACAACCUUAGAUUUUUAGAUGGAAAAUAUGUUUUUCUUUAUUUUGCAAAAUAAAUAAGGGAUUCAGAUUUCUUUAACAACUGUUUCAUUAUGAAUUUAUGGGAGAAAGGCCUGAUUCGG